GGAGCCGGGAGCCGCCGGCGUCCUCAGCCGGGCUCGGGCUCUGCUCCCUCCCCUGGCUGCUGCCGGCCCAGCGUGCCACUCAAGCGGCCUGGCACGUCCCCUUGCCCGGGGAGGAGCGCUCCACCCAUCUCCGCUCCGGCUUCUGCAGGGCGAAGAGGGGGCGGGCCGUGCAGCCGGUGACUUCAUGGGGAGGAGGCGGCAGCGGCAGGAGGAAUUCCUGGGGACCCAGCUGAAUUGAUGGAGGAAUGAUGAGCUGAUGCCUAUUUUCUGAGAUGAUGAUAUAGCUUUUUACAUGCUUCUUCUUUUCAUCAGCACAUCUUGAAGCACUUUACCAAGAAGUUUACAGGGUAGACAGGACUGGAACUAUUUCUGCAGCUUCUGGGAGCCUGCUGCUAAGCAAUGUGACAACAUAAAUCUGAAAACAGUAUUGCUGUUGGAAACAACCGGAAAAAUUUCUCAGGGGACAUAUUUUCACUUAUUCACACCUUCUACUGUGGCAAAAAUGGACUAUUUUCCUCACCGAAAACCAGCAGUAUAAUGCCCAUCUGAUAUAUGCCUCAAGGAACUCUUAUUUAAAAUCCGUUGAAAGGUUUGAGUACAAUUUCCUCUAAUGCCAGUCAGGUCCUUUACCAAAGUCUACUGAAACCAGUUGAAAGACUCUUGUUGACUUUGCUUUGGAUCAGGCCCUUAAUGUGCUGUCUUUUCUCACAAGCAGGAUGGAUGUCUUGUAGCCUAUCAACAAAUCCUGCUACUGCUGCAUGUGUGGCAGCACUUCUACAUGAUCACAUGACUCUUGAUAUGGACGCGGUCCUGUCAGACUUUGUUCGGUCCACAGGGGCAGAACCAGGUCUGGCAAGAGACCUGCUGGAAGGCAAAAACUGGGAUUUGACCGCUGCUCUGAGUGACUAUGAGCAGCUCCGACAGGUACACACAGCUAACCUGCCACAGGUGUUUAAUGAAGGGAAGUACUACAAGCAUCAGGAAAGAGAGCCACCCCAACAGGUGAACAAGUCUGAACGACCAAGUCUGCAGAGACAGGAUGACAUUGCUCAAGAAAAACGACUCUCCAGAGGUAUUUCUCAUGCCAGCUCAGCCAUAGUCUCCCUUGCUCGAUCACAUGUAGCAAAUGAAUGCAGCAAUGAACAGUUUCCUUUGGAGAUGCCUAUAUACACAUUCCAGCUACCAGAUCUUAGCGUGUACAGUGAAGAUUUCAGAAGCUUCAUUGAACGUGACUUAAUCGAACAGGCAACAAUGGUUGCUUUGGAACAAGCAGGUCGACUGAACUGGUGGUCCACAGUGUGUACAAGUUGCAAACGUCUUCUUCCAUUGGCUACAACAGGUGAUGGAAACUGCCUUUUACAUGCUGCCUCAUUAGGGAUGUGGGGAUUUCAUGACAGGGACCUUGUGUUACGUAAAGCACUCUACACCAUGAUGAGAAGUGGAGCUGAAAGGGAAGCAUUGAAGAGAAGAUGGAGAUGGCAACAGACACAACAGAAUAAAGAGUCGGGUUUAGUUUAUACAGAAGAAGAGUGGGAACGGGAAUGGAAUGAACUGCUUAAACUGGCUUCAAGUGAACCUCGCACUCAUUUUGGCAAAAAUGGAGGCAUGGGUGGUGGAGUUGAUAAUUCAGAAGAUCCAGUGUAUGAGAGUUUAGAAGAGUUCCACGUUUUUGUCUUAGCACAUAUAUUGAGAAGACCAAUUGUUGUUGUAGCAGACACAAUGUUAAGAGACUCAGGGGGAGAAGCAUUUGCACCUAUCCCAUUUGGAGGAAUUUACUUGCCACUGGAAGUUCCACCUAACCGAUGUCACUGCUCACCUCUUGUCCUGGCUUACGAUCAAGCGCAUUUCUCUGCUCUUGUAUCCAUGGAACAAAAAGAUCAACAGAGAGAACAAGCGGUGAUCCCUCUGACUGAUUCUGAACACAAGUUACUGCCUUUGCACUUUGCGGUUGAUCCUGGGAAAGGCUGGGAGUGGGGGAAAGAUGACAAUGAUAAUACCAGACUGGCCAGCUUGAUUCUGUCUCUGGAGGCAAAGCUUAAUCUCCUGCACAGCUACAUGAAUGUAACCUGGAUACGCAUACCAUCUGAAACACGGGCUCCUUUGGCCCAGCCAGAAUCGCCCACCGCUUCAGCAGGGGAGGACGUUCAGUCUCUGGCCGACUCAAUGGACUCAGACCGAGAUUCCAUCUGUAGUAAUUCGAAUGGCAGCAAUGGCAAAAAUGGUAAAGAAAAGGAAAAAGACAAACAGAGGAAAGAUAAAGACAAAAACAGGACGGAUUCAGUUGCCAAUAAACUCGGAAGCCUCAGUAAAACUCUAGGAAUUAAACUGAAAAAGAAUAUGGGUGGGCUGGGAGGGCUAGUGCAUGGCAAGAUGAGCAGAACAAAUUCAGGGAAUGGGAAAAAUGGCGACAUCACAGAAAAAGUCAAAGAGAAGAAGUCAAAGUCUCGCAAAGGGAGCAAAGAGGAAUCUGGACAGUCUGCGAGCACGUCUCCGUCUGAAAAGACAACUCCCUCUCCUACUGACAAGGCAAGCAUCUCACCUGCCGAAAAGAUAAACACGAAAUCCCUCUCUGACAAACAGUCUGACCCGUGGAAAUACAGCACCGAUGUAAAGCUCAGCCUCAACAUUUUGAGAGCUGCCAUGCAAGGAGAACGCAAGUUUAUUUUUGCUGGCCUUCUUCUGACUAGCCAUAGGCAUCAGUUCCAUGAGGAGAUGAUCGGCUAUUACCUGACCAGUGCCCAAGAGCGCUUCAAUGCUGAGCAGGAACAGAAGCGAAAGGAGGCUGAGAAAAAAGCUGUUCUCAGUGGGUCAUCUUGCAGGAAACUGGAGCAAGAAGCAUAUUCAAAAGAAAAGUUAGAAUCAUCUCCUCAGGACAGGGCAUCACCAGUCUUGCCUCAAAGCCAUACAACUCAACUGGUUUUAAAGUUUAAAGAUCGCACUAGUCCCACUCCAGGGUCAUUUUCUUCACCAAGUAAUGGUGCUAAGAAAAGCGGACCCGUUCCGGUAUCUGCCCACUAUAGCCAUACUCCACCUGUUCAAAGGCAAAGCGUUAUUCAUUUGCAUGAUGUCAACUCCAAGCCAUCUAGCUUCCAAGAUGAUAGCUAUAAGCCAGUGGUUGGCACCUUAAAAACAUGUGCCACUUAUCCCCAACAGAAUCGAUCGCUGUCUUCACAGAGUUAUAGCCCAGCCCGGAUAUCAGGUAUCCGUACAGUGAACACAGUGGAAUCACUGACCUACGCCAUGCCUACCGACCACAAGUCACAGACAUUUACAAAUGGGUUUAAUACCGGUGAUAUUAGAGACUGCUUAGAAUAUGCUGAUGAGGAGGCUCCUCAGACCUGGUUGAACAAUGAUAAAAACCGAGGCAGAAGCACAGUUUGCCCAAUAUAUUCCAUCCAGCAGAACCGUUGCAAGAAAGAGAACUGUUCCUUUUAUGGUCGUCCUGAGACUGAAAAUUACUGCUCAUAUUGCUACAAAGAGGAGUUAAAGCGUAGGGAGAAAGAAAGUAAGGGACACCGGCAUUGAGGAUUGUGAGGAUCCUUCCCUGUCUGCUUAGUUUAACCAGUUUCUUACUUGCAAAGUAAAUAGCAAUGGAUUGUGGGAAAAGGAAUCCUAAAAAGGGAAUGAUGGGUAAAUAAUGUCUAGCUUGUCACUUUUCUGGGGCAGUGCAGAAAUAAGAGGAUUAAUUUAUCAUAAAGAAUUUAUUAUUUUCCAUUUUGUCAGUGUCUUUUUUACAUACACUGGUAAGCUGAAAGGUUGUUUACUCCUUUGUUAGUGCUGUGUAUAUGUUUGGUCAAAAAUGUACUAAUGGUGCCUGAAUUUACACUGACAUCACUCAGGUAGUAGAAUGACAGGGAAAAAGUCAUAAUACUGGAGAUGUGGUAUUGUAAUAGGAUCGUAUCUGCCUCAUAUACAUUUGAAAUUCUAUAGCCAUCAUGGGGUGAUUUUUUUCUCAAUAGAAAGUAAAUUUGUCAUAGCCCCUUUUUUAGAAUGGUAGUCAUUUUGCAUACUGCAAAUUUUUAACAUAGUGACAUAGUACAUCACUGUAAACAUUUGUAUUCAUUUUAGUGUGAAACGCAGUGUCUCCAGAAAUAUGUGAAUGAAGGUCUGCAUCUCAUGAGGACUGUAUCUCCUCAUAAGCAUAGGUGCUUGCGGAUUUUUUCCUCCCAGUUCAGUAAAAAUCUGAACUAGUCAAUCCAUUUGUUAAUUUGUUGUGAAUUGCAAGACAGUUAUUGGACAUUGUUAGAAAUAUACUGUGGCCCUAUUACAUGCAAGAUUUUGCAUGACACACAAAUCCCAGCAAAUAAUCUGUCACAUGAAUUUCAGCAGCAUUUUUAUGGCUGUGAAGGUGGGGAGAAAUCUAUAAAAACUACCCUAAAGGACUUCCAGAACUUGCUCACCAGCCAGAAUUUUUUGCCAUAGUCUAGGGCUGGAUGAAUUGUUCAGCACAAAUAAUAUGUUGCACAAAUUUAAUUCCCCUAUCUACAAUCUGACUUCUUUCUUUUAUUAAUUUGUUCAUUCUCCAAAAUACUUGGAUGAAUGGUUAUUGUGAAAAUACUUCCAUCUAAGCACUACUUGCAAUCUAUUUGUUGCAACUGUUGUUUGAGUCUUUUGGACUGAAUAACACCCCACACACACACACACACACACACACACACACACACACACACACACAAAAGAGCGUUCAAGAUAUCUGUGCAAACGCUUCCAGCAUGAAUACUCAUGCAAAUACAGAUUUGUGCAAGUCUUCAUAUCCAAAUAUUGGCAUAGGUAUUUGUGAUAGUUCCUUUCCCCUUUGGGGUAAAGUGUUGUUCUCAUGGAUGUUUGUGAAAAGCAGAUAGAAGGGGUAACAAAUACCAUCAAAGUAUAUUUGUGGUUCUUCUUUCAACAAGUUUUUCUGAAUGUUAUUGCAGUUUUCAUGCCACCAACCAAUGUAAGUAUGGCAAUAAAACAAACUCAGAUUUUUAAUAUUUAUACACUUGUAAACAAUAGCUGAUUUUUCUGUCUGUCUACAUUUAUGAACAAUAGCUCAUUUCCUGCAGGUAGACAGAAAAGCACUUGCCUUCAGGACUCUCUUUGCUAACUGGUAAUUCUCUGCCAUUCUCAGGAUCAUGAGUCCAGUUUUAUUCAAGUAUUGAACAGCAUUUUUCUGGGCCACAAGUGGCUCAGGGCCUAUUCUCACCGUACAUACUCAGAUCUUACACGUGUGUAACUGUUAAUUUGAGUACAGUUGCUCCUACUUAGCAUUGGUGUGAGCUCAGUCAAUCCCUUUGGCCCUGAUUCAGCAAAGCACUUAAGCACAUACUUAAGUCCAUUCAUUUUCAGGAAAGCAUUUAAACAUGAGCCAAAGCCCCCUUGAAAUUAGUGGGACUUUGGCACAUUCUUAGCGUUAAACACAUAUUUAAUUUUUUUGCUGAAUCAAACCUUUUAUAGGCAUUUUUAUUAAUGAAUCACCCUCACACACACACAUAAAGAUGAAUUUGUGAAAAAUUGAUGGGCAAUACCUCGCUAGCUUUUUCAUGAAUUCAGACCUGUAUUGAACUUGUAUCCAUUUUUCAUGAAAGGAAUAUGUUAUCAAGCUGAAUGAGUUAUUUAAGCUCCCUUUAUUGUGUGACUCCCACUUGUGAAGCCCAGAAUUCAAAAUCAUGUUCUAGGUUUUGUAUGCUGGUACACAGAGUCUUCUUUGGUUAGCUGUGGUGAUAAAGUAUAUGUUCUAAUUGCCAAAGAAAUCUGUGAUUUCAGAUCGUCGUACAACAAAUCAAACAUAUUUGAUUGCAUUUGUUAUAGAGAGAGAGAGACAGAAAAACAGAAAGGACAAAAUUUCAUGAAGGAAACAAAUAUUAAAUAAUUAUUAGAGUAGCAGUAGCAUUUGAUAUUCCUAUAAAUGCUUUUGUAUUAAGUUAAACUAGAGAAAACUGCACUUAGCAUCCAGUUGCUCCUGUCCAUUUAUUUGAUUCAGCUGCAUCAUCUUUGAAUAAGAAGAAAUGUGGUCACAGCACAUACUUAAAAAAUACAUAAUUUACUUGUUUUAAGUUUUUAAAAAAUAAUUAAUUUAGUAAGGUUUUAGAUGCAGUACUCCUCAAAAUAAGAGGUUUACAAAGUCAAUAUUUAUUUAAUUACUAUAGUCCAAAUUACUUACUAGAUUGACUCUUACCUAUAAUAUUUUUCAAAGUGUAAUUGAUCUGCUGAAUAGCACAAUUGUGUCAGCAUACCCAAUCUUCACAAUGCGCAAUGUCAUACUUAGUUUUCUGAUAAUUUUUCAUAAUUUAUUUCUUCAAUGAUUUAAAAUAAAUCUGUUGCGUGACAGUAGUGCUAUUACGCAGCCGCCCCUUUCCUCAGCUUCUUUAAUAACUUAUUGGGCCUCACUAAAUUAGCUCAGCACAGAGUUGCCCUCUUAUGAGAACUUUUUCCCAGCAUCCCCUUCUAGUACUGUCCCUUUAAAUUUGGCAGAGAUAAGCAGGUGCAGCCCUAAAGUGGCCAUUUUGCAACCGGCUGCUGCUAACUAAAUCUUCUUCCCCUGCUGGUGAGUCGUCUUUAUUCCUGUUAUGCACGCACCCAGCCUUCCCUAGCUGACUCCUGGGCAGAACUGACACUUUUAUUCCCAUUCGCUGCUCGUGUUUAUUUUGCACUAGCGUGGGUGCUUGGCACUCUGCAUGCCGAACACACAAAGACAGUGGCUGCUCUGAUAAACUUAUAGCAUAAGGAGUCAAGCUGACAAACUCUAUGGUGCACAUACCCUUUGAACUGAAUUUGCAGGGUCCAGCCCUAAAAGGGAGUUUCUUGUCUAUCUUUCUUCCGAGAUAACUAGAAAAUGCUCAUGGUUUGAGUUCACCAUCAGUAAAAGAAAAUCUUCAGUUGCUCCUCAUCCAUUACUUAGAGGCCAUAGGCCUGUCCCCAUUUUUGCCAUUAUAGUGAGUAAUAUAUUUGUAACUCCUAUAUUUUUGAUCUUAGAUCAAGUGUAACCCACUGGUCAGUGUGUUUAUAUGUACCCCUCUGUGCCUGACCAAGAGAGAAAGUAUGCCUCGUAACAGCUUUCAGUUAGAGAAGCUUGCUUUUUAGCUCACAUAGUAGUAGAGACUGUAGUAGAGACUCAUACUUUUAACUUUGGAGGUCUCCAGUUUGAUCCCUAGUGUUAGCCAAGUUGGUGGCCAAUUAUACAAAUACCAUCUUUUACUUUUUAAAACCUGUUUUUGUUUUGUUUUGGCACACUCUGAUCAUGGCACAGCAGGUGACUGGAUCAGCCCAUCAUUUCUCCUCCUCAUGCCACAGCUCUUGCUUUUAGAUGCAUGUUUGAGGAAAUUGUGCUGUAAAUGUAGAACACAAAACAGAGAGAGAAUAUCAUCACUCCUGCUCACUCUCCACUGGAAUCCCCAAUUUAAAAAAACGCUAAAUGCACACACAUGCAAAAUACAUUCAUAGUCACCAGAAGAAACGUAGGUAUUGUUUAAUUUUUUCUAAUGUCCAGUUACUUCUGCUUAUCAAAAAAAAAUUUUAAACCAAAAACCCUUAUGGAAAUAUUUUACCGUGCUCAUGAAAUUUGCUCAUAAUGGAGGAGGCAUAUAAUCCAUAAUAGACUUUUGGUCACACUUUACAUUGAUUCCAUUUAUAAAUGGUUUAUCGAAGGUUUAUAAAUGACUGCUAGAUAUUGUAAGUGUGUUACAAACAUGAGUUACACAUGUGGUAGUAAUAAGCCUAUCCAGUAGAAGGGUGGUGUAGAUGGUCAUAAGCAACUUAGGGUAUGUCUACACUGUGAUUAAAAAAGCCAUGCCACUGAGUCUCACAGCCUAGGUCAGCGGGCUCCGGCUGUGUGACUAAAAAUUGCAAUGUAGAUGUUCAGGCAGGGUCUCAGAGCCCGGGCUCUAGCCCGAACAGCUACACUGCAUUUUAUAGACCCAGGCCAGCAGUGGUGCAGGUCUUUGACUGUAUCCCUGUUGACAUGUUGGACAAUUGAUUAACCAUUUAUUAAAAAUCUAUUAAUUUAUUAAGCUUUAUAAAUUAUUUAUAAGUGCACUGCUUAUAUAAAGUGUGCCCAAGCUUUCUUUAGCAAUUUUCUCUUCUUAAAUUCAAAGGUAACGUACAAAAGGGUUCUGGGGGAGGAAAGAUGCUCCAUUUGGAAUUUUGUGUGUUGCUCAUUUAUUUAGAACUUUAAAUAGGCCCUCAGAUGAAGACUGGGAGUUCUCUUAAAUACAAAAAGUUCUAGGAUAUGAGCAGUAUUUCAUGAUGCAAGAAACGUCAAAGGAAUGACUAGCAUGGUGCGAUUCCAAUCACUUACUUAGGCAUGCUGAUUGCAGAUCAGUGCAAACUGUUGUAACAAUCAAAGCCUUUGUCCUUCUGUGAUCUGUGGGCACAUCCCGGUUUGUUUUAUUUUUAUUGUGGUGAAUGUGUUGAUAUCAAAUAAUGCACAACUGGCAGAAUAUUGCCCUUUAAGACCCCGAUCUUGGAAAUAGUUACACAUGUACUUCACUUUAUGCAUGUGAAUAAUCUCCCUCACCCCAAUGAGAUUGCUCAUGUGCAAGGAAACAUGUUAAUCAGUUUGCAGGAUCAGGCCUAACCUUUCAGCCAAAUUUGGUCCCUUUUAGGGCAAAAUGCUGCUCAUCUUCCUCAGAUAGAAUUUCCAAUGACAUCAAGGAGAAUUUUUCUGGAGGAGCAGCAGACAGGAAGGAAUUUGUCCCUUUCAGCCAGAUCCAAGGGCCAGCAAAAUUAAUGGAAAGAAUCCCACUACUUUCAGUGGGCUCUAGAUCAGGCCCUUUGUGCACAUAAAAUAAUAGAAACAAGCUGACUAAGGAAGUAAUGUGUUCGUAACCUUGGGAAUGUUUCGUGCAUCAUUAGAUAUCCAUAUUCAAAUGGAAAUGGCAGUAAUUUGAAAAAGACCAAGAUCCAGAGAAGCUAAAUAACUGAUCCUGACUGUAAGUGGCUUUUCAGCUUAAUCCAUUUUAACUCUUUCAAUGUACUGCAAGUAUAUUUGUUUGAAGCUAUGGCAACUUUCAUAGAAUAUUACCAAAUAGUUCUACAGCAUAGAAUUUCAGUUACUUUGGUAAUCUACACUACUUCAAAUUUAUUGGCGUAUUAAUUUCCUGUGUAUAUGAUUAAAAAAAGAAUAGUAUAUUGUUAACAAAAAAAGGUAUUUGUAAGUGUGUUCUGUUUGUAGAUUUAAGGCUGUAUUACGUUGGAAUUUUACAAGCCAAGUUUAAAUUGUAAUAUAGAUAUUAUUUUUAUAUUAUUUUCAAAAUAUGCUACAGAGCAAUAUUUUGCGCCUUUAUUAUAAACAGGGUUGUCAUUUUAGUAGGUUAACUUUGGAAAUAUUGGUAGAAAUUAACCAUGAAAAGAAAGCUUUGUAAACAUUCUUGUAAAUUCUGAAUGCUCUUUGUUGUGCACUCCAAUGUCUAUUGCAAGUUGGAAUAUAUGAAUGUUUUUUAUUGAAAAGCUUUACAUUUUUGUUUAUAUAUUUUGGUACAGUACUUCCCUCUCCCCACUCAAACCUCUCCGACGAACACCCUUUUUUAUGAGCAACUUCAGAGUCAUUAAUUCAUCCAGAAGGUUUUCUUACCUGAAUAAAAAAAGAAGUCCCUACACAGAAUGUGGUUGGGAUUCAUAAUAGUUUGAAUCCAUUUCAGUAGAUGUAUUUGUUUUUUUAAAUAGGUUUAUGGAAUUGUUAUUCUUACGAAAAUGGAGAGUGAGAAUGAGACGCUGGUGUCAUAAUUUAAUACCCGUAGAUUGUAAAUCACUCUAGAUUGUGGAAAUGUCAUCUAACUGGUAAAUGCAUUUUAUCCUAUUGUAUAUCUCUGCCCAGCAUGCCUAUGCGUACAUUCAUGUUUGCAUAUCCGUUUUGUGCAGAUUACAUUAUUCAGAUUUUGUUUCAUAGUACUUUGCACUGAACAUAUCAAUAUCUGAUGAACUGUGCAAACAAAACUGUUUUGUUUGCUACUAAUGCAUAUGUAAGUCACAAAUCAACAGGUACAAUUUUUCAGAUGCAGGAAGUGUUGGGUAUUUUUAAAAAAACAACUACUAAUGAUUGUAUUGCAGUCAAAAUUUUCAAAUUUGGGUGCCUGAAAUUAGGACCCUAAAUCUAUAUUUGGGCUAAUAAAUGAGAGGCCUGGUUUUAAGAGAUGCUGAACAUUGACUUGAUUGGGAAUUGCUGUUGAUUGAUGACUUCAGAAAAUCAAGCCAGUCGUUUAGGUGCCUCUGGUGAUCUUUUCUGCCUGUAUGUAUUCAGGGUGUUUUUUUUUUAAUUGCUUUCUCUUUUUUGACUCAAUGAAAACUAUAUGACCUUUAGUGAUUUUCAUUUUCUGUGUAGAUAACUAUGAUUAUUUAUAAAGUGAUCACUUGGGUAUGGAGAGCCCUGCCUUGGUGUACCAAAAUACAGUAUAAUUGUCCAUUUAAUAACAACCUACUUCUUAGCAAGGCUAGGAUCCCUCAGACGUUAGGGGAAGUGUAUCUUUAUUUAUUUUUCCUUGCAAAGCCUGACCACAAUAAUUUGCUUCUCUUAGGUGAACAUGCUGUUUUGACCCAUCUGUUCUAUCUUCCAUUACCUGAAUGCAUGUACUGUACCAAGGGAAUCUAAAUGGCUGAUGCACAUUUGCACUGUGGAACACACAAUGUGGGUAAAAGCCACCAUGUUCCAAACAGCCUUAAAGUUAUGACUCUCUGGGGACUGAGAGUCAUUUAACUGGAUGCAGCCUCUGUCCCCACCUCCUCAUUUACCCAUGACUGUAAAUUGCUCUAGUCUGCUGUAGCCUGCAUAAUUAUGUGGUGCUGUAAAACUGUCUGCUCUGUAUGUUCAUUUAAAUCAGAGGUAGGGUUUGUUUGGGUUUUUUGGGAAAAAAAUGGUCUUGAAAGUUACAAUUCUUUGAUAACUGCAAGUGUGCUGGAAAACCUCAAUGAAAAGGAGGGAAAAGAGAGAAAAAGUAAUUGGGCAGGUAAAUGGUGGGUAACAUAGUAACUAUGGCAACAAAAUAUUUAGUGGAGUACAGAGUUCUGGAUAUCAAAAAUCAUUGUCUGCCUAGGCUUGUGGAUCAUCCCACAUAAACUCAGAGAACAAAAGCAUGUUGCUUUGCCAUUUAUCUGUUUAAUUGUUCAGAUCCGUUCAUUGACAAGGCUCAUUCAUUGUUUUUCUCCCCUUGUGAAGAGGGCUUUAUUUGUAAAAUUGCCUGAAGUUACAAAGGCAUGAUAAAAUGUCAGAACAAAGUCCGUGCCUAAUAUUGUUCCAUUUAUUAAUUGUAAUUGGCUUUCCUUUGACUCUUUUACUGCUUUUUCAUUGGAGUGAAAUGCAGCUUGAAAACUGGUGACCCGAUUCUCCUCUUUCUUACGCAUCAGUUUUACAUCAGUACAACAGCGAAGUGAUGCCAGAUUUACAUAGGUGUAACUGAGGAGAAGGCUCUGCAUGGGCUGUCAUGUAGAGGUGUUACUGCUUUGUCACAGAAUCAAAUUAGAAUGUGGCAUGGGCCAAAUUUUGCCCAAGUGAAGUGGUAGUUUGCCAGGAGUCGGGGACCUAUGCCUAAUUUGCUCAAAAUAGAGCAGACUCAGCCAUUGUUGUCUUUUAAUAUGGGCACUGUCCACUGGGCUCUUCUGUCCCCGUGAACAGCAUCUUUGUAUCACAGACCAUAACAGUGGAAUGAAGCCUUGUAGAGCUCUAUUCGCUUGUACUUUGGCCACCUUGGCUUAUGUCAAUCAAAAUAGGCUUUUCCCCAUUUGUAUUAAAAUAUGCAGGAGAUCCAGUAGCAAAACAACAUCAGUCCCCCAUGGUCUGAGGUAGCAUCCUUAUGCCACCUUUCUUUUAACUACAUUAAAAUGUUGCUAUCUGAGAUGAACAGAAGAACAGCUAUGCAGGGGCAGUAAAGAAGCUGUUGACUCUCAGCAUUGCAAAUUGUACAUGUUUAUGCUCUAAUAUUAAGAGAAAUGUACAGAGGGUUUUUGACAGCCUCUUGGUCAAGAUGCUGCAUACUGUAAAUGCAGUAACUAUAUAAUGCAUAUUGUGUAGCUACAAUAGAUGGAAAGCCCUUUUCCCAUGGAGCUCCUCGGGGAGCUUUGCAUGCACAUAAUACAAAACUCUGUUCAUUCAGCAUAAGCCAAGGAGAACAAAUAGGAUUUAAGCCUAGAUUAAAUAAUAAAUGGAAUUAGCCACACAGACUUCAGUAGUCAGGGAAGUCCAAACUGUAGUAUUAUACCAUGUUAACUUUAAUAAUUUGAACAGGGCUUUGCCCCAAUUAACUAGAUUAGGUUCAUACACUUUCCUCAGGGGAAGAAUGAAUCUUUCCCUGUUGUUUCCCAACCCAUCACUUAUUCUUAUGGUAACCCUCCUGUUACAGUCACAGGGUGUUUGUCUUCCAUGAUUUAAGGAGAGACAUUUUGUUGUGAGCAGUACAUGGCUGUUGUGUUUUUAUUGUACUCUUCAGUUCAGUUUUCUGUUAGUAUUUUGGUGGCAAAAUACUGUUAUGAAUAUGUCAUACUGCCCUUCAGCUGAUGGUUGCAUAAUUGGAAGAAUUUCUUCUCUGCAAAAUUCCCGUUAGAGUCAGUAGGAGUUUUCCAAGAGUAAGUAGGAUUUGGUCCUCGCAUAGAGAAUGCCUUGGCUAAAUAUGAAAGUAUUGAAAUAGCCCAGGGUCCCACCCAUUUGAUUUAUUAAAGUCCAUUCAAAGGUCUUCAUGCAAUUUUAACCAAAGCUAGUACAAUAAAUUUUUUAAAAAAUCAGAAGAGGUGAUGCAACUCUUCCUAAUAACCUAACCAACUCAGAAUUGUAAGAAGUCUACAUAAAUGUAGAGUAAAUGUAUUUACAGAGGACUCUCAGCAAUGUUUAAGCAAAUGUUGAAACAGGAAAAAGCAAGCUUCACUCAUUUCUCUAGGGCAAGAAUUACAUUUUUUGGCAGUCAACCCGUUCUCAUUUUUUUGGAGCUUGAGCUUAGUUUAUUUACUGUAAGAGCACAGUCUUCUGUACAUUUCUCAAGAGUUUUAGCAGAGGAUUGUUUUAGGAUUUUAAAAAGUAAUAUGGAUAUAAUAAGCAUAUUAAGGCUUUAUUUAAAGUUGAGGUGACUUUCCAGGUUUACUCAAUUUGACCAUUUUCAUUUAAACGUUCAUCCCAUGUGAAACAAGAUGAUUUAUCUUAAGCUUGACCCGUUAGUAAUUGAAUGAUGUGAUUGCUUUCCAUCACUUUGGUCCAAAGAGAAAACAUUUGGUCAUUUUGAACCUGCCCUUUUUUAAAUUGUUUAAAUUGAUUGUUCCAAAGAAAUGAAAGCAUUAAAUAAUCUUAAAAGGAAAUGAAUAUUUUUUUUGGUGGAAAGUGCGAGUUCUUGAGAACCUUUUUUACGUGCAAUGUUCAUUCUCAUUCAAUUUCAAUGUUAUUUUUAAUCUGAUCCAUUCUUUGACAAAGAUGAUGUAAGAACUGUUUUUAGCAGUUGGAUUGUUACUUUGUAAAGUAUUAAAGCACUAAACCAAUUUUUGCAAUAGAUAGUAAAUCUUGCUUUCGUUUCGGAAAACUUCCAGUUAUAACUGUCGCACUUUUUAUAGCAGAACUGUAUUUAAUUUCUUUCUUUUAUGAAAGAUUACUAUAAGUAACUAAUAGCUCUGUAAUCUGUGUGAAUUGGCUUCUCCAUUAUUUGAAACAGAGAGAAGCUAUAAUGCCUAUUCAAUAAAAUUAACUUAUUUGUAAAGUA